AGCAUAAAGCAGAUAAUGAGCAAAUCCUCCAUCGUCAAACUCUCAUCACUGUCUUCACUAGCCACAAUUCUCCCCUUUCUUUCUUUUCCCUCUAUAAAUUCCUGUCUCCCAACACAACCAAACAAACGCACCAACAUUCUCUCUCUCUGGGAAAAUAGAGAAAAGAAAGAAAAAAUAAACCCCGAAAAUGCUUAAGCUCUGGACUUUUCCCUUCCUCUCCUUCCUCUGCUUCUCAUCCUUCAGUGUUGUUUUCGGCGGUGUCGGUGCUUCCUCAGUGUCGGAAAACCCAUUUACUCCAAAAGCCUCGUUGAUUCGUUACUGGAACAAGGAGAUCCGUAACCAAAUCCCCAAAACCCAUUUUUUACUCUCCAAAGUAUCCCCAUUGACUGCAGUCGAUUCUGCCAGUUUUUCCAAACUCGCCGCCCAAAACGACCUCGCAUCCCGUCUUCCUUCCUUCUGUUCCUCCGCUAAACUCUUUUGCUUCCCCGAUUUAUCCCCGAGUCUCGAGAAACACCCCAAAGACGCAAACUUCGCCUUCUACACCAACAAGAACUUUACUAAUUACGGCACGGAUCGACUCGACGGAGUCGACUCUUUUAAGAACUACUCCGAAGGCGGCAACGUUAUCGUGGACUCGUUCCGCCGAUACAGCCGGGACUCGGCUGGUCACAAGGACCAAUUCUCCAAUUACGCCAGCGAAUCUAACGUCGUCGACCAAAGCUUCAACACCUACGGCGCCGCCGCCACUGGCGGUGGCGGCAACUUCAACAACUACAACCGUGAAGUGAACAACCCCAAUCUCCGAUUCACUUCAUAUUCCGACGACUCCAACGGCCGUGGGCAGACAUUCACGCUCUACACGGAGAACGCCAACGCAGGGAACGGGCAGUCGUUCUCAAGUUACGGCAAGAAGGGUAACGGCGUUCCUAACGACUUCAGCAGGUACGGGAAAGGAGCCAAUGUUGUGGGGUCAGGUUUUUCUGGUUAUGGAGAAUCAGCCAAUGGGGCAAAUGACACUUUCACUUCGUACGGGUUUGAUUCCAAUGUUCCGCAGAAUACUUUCAAGAGUUAUGGAGAUGGAGGCAAUGCGGCGGUUGACAGUUUCUCAAGUUAUCGAGACCAAUCCAAUGUGGGUGACGAUUCCUUCCAAUCUUAUGCCAAGAAUUCUAAUGCGGCGAAAGUUGAUUUCAAUAACUACGGCCAAUCUUUUAACGAAGGUACGGAUAAAUUCACUGGAUAUGGCCAAGGAGCCGAAGGUCAGUCCAUUGGGUUCAAGAUCUAUGGAAGAAACAACACUUUUAAGGAUUAUACUAAAAAGGGUGUUAGUUUCGGUAGAUACAACAAUGAGAGUUCGGCUGAAACCGCUCAAGUCAGGGCCAGUGUCAAUGCUUUGAAUAAAUGGGUGGAGCCGGGCAAAUUCUUCCGGGAAAAGAUGUUGAAGAGAGGAACGGUGAUGCCAAUGCCGGACAUUAGGGAUAAAAUGCCCGAAAGGUCGUUUUUGCCCCGGACUAUUGUCUCCAAAUUACCGUUCUCGUCCUCCAAGAUUGGUGAACUGAAACGGAUUUUCCACGCGGGGGAUAACUCCACCCUGGAAACCGUAAUGAUGGACGCUUUGAAAGAGUGCGAGCGAGCACCGAGCGCGGGAGAGACGAAACGGUGCGUCGGAUCGGCAGAGGACAUGAUCGAUUUCGCCACCUCUGUCCUGGGCCGUAACGUGGAGGUUCGUACGACGGAAAACGUGAAGGGCUCAAAGCAAAACAUUAAGAUUGGAACCGUCAGAGGAAUCAACAGUGGGAAAGUAACGAAAUCAGUUUCUUGUCACCAGAGUUUGUACCCGUAUUUACUUUACUAUUGCCACUCGGUUCCCAAGGUCCGGGUUUUUGAAGCGGAUAUGCUGGACCCGAAUUCAGGGGAGAAGAUAAAUCAUGGUGUUGCCAUCUGUCAUUUGGAUACAUCUGCUUGGAGUUCGGGGCAUGGAGCUUUCUUGGCUUUGGGUUCAGGUCCGGGUCGGAUCGAGGUUUGUCACUGGAUUUUUGAGAAUGAUAUGACUUGGACGAUAGCUGAUUCCUAAAUAGAAAAUUUGGGGAGGGUAAAUUACUAAUUAUGGUUAAGAGCCAUUGGUUAAGAAAACUUAGCCAGUGGUGGAAAUUAAGAAUUUUCCAUUUUGCUUUCUAUUUUUCCCCUUUAAUUUAAGAAGUGGAAUACGCAAAUAUGAAUAUUUAUUUUUUGUGAUGCCUAAUUAAUAUGGUUAAUUUUUUUUGCUGUUA